GGAACUAACGUGCGUAGAAUUUGUCCUACCGGACGGGAUUUGCUAGUGCACGUAGAUUCACCGUUUCCCUGGCAACACCAUUACGUUCGCUGAUUACCAUUCAACGAUUUAGGCAACAUGGACGUCCAGGAACGAAGUAUCCGUAGCUGUGCAGAAAACAUCGUGGACAUGACUGAUAUGGACGAAGAAGACCUCUCCAUUUCCAGUUACUCUGCUACAGACACAGCUUUUGAUGGUGUUAUUGGCUGUAUAGAGGACAUCAUCAUGGAGGAAGACUUUCAGCAGCUUCAGCACAGCUUCAUGGAUAAAUACUACCUGGAGUUUGAUGAUUCUGAUGAAAACAAGCUCAGCUACACACCCAUCUUCAAUGAAUAUGUUGACCAGCUGGAGAAAUACUUGGAACAGCAGCUGACGGAGAGGAUCCCCGACUUCAACAUGGACACCUUCAUAGAGCUGCUCAUGCAGCGCAAAGAGGAGGUCUCGGGUGACAUCUUUGACAUGUUGCUGACGUUCACCGACUUCAUGGCCUUCAAGGAGAUGUUUGUGGAAUACAGAGCUACCAAGGAGGGCCGAGGUCUGGACCUGAGUGAGGGGCUGGUGGUCACAGCUCUGAACCCUGCAGACUCCAAGAACACCAACUGCACUAAAUGACAGUGACGUUCACACACUGACAAAUCAAACACUUGAAAUGCCUCUUUCUACAUAUGUGUAAGCAAAGUUUUGUCCAUCAUUUGGCCUUCAGAAAAGUGUUAACUUUAGGAUACACCCAGAUAUUACUCUGGGAUUUAUGCGGCAGAUCGGCUUUAAAAGCCUCUCUGUAGCUAUGAAGUGAAAUCAGAAGUUUCAUAUUUUCUGCUCACCAGCCCUUCAAUUGCAUAUGCCUACUUGAAAUAUUCACAUUUCUUUAAUUGAAAUUUGCAGGGGGAGAGAUUGCUAAUCUUGAUUUUACAAUCAUCCUCCUAUUCAGUUGUAGUUCUUUUAGGAUUCUGUGUUAUUGUUUCUGUCUGGUACAAGAUUAAUGUUUGUGUUUUUAAAGUUACUGCUGGUUACUGCAUUAGCUAUGAUUGAAUGUUUUGAAUCUUCUCUCUUCGCCUGGUAUUUUUUCAUAUGACGAUAAUUUAGUAGAACUAGUACAUGUUUUAUGAAGACUUAAAAUAUUUGGCCAGUUUGUAAACUCGUCAGAUUGAGUUUGUAAUAGUGAUUGUGUGUGUUUGUGCAGUUAGUUUUCAGUAUGAUGUCCAAGUGUUUUCUACAUGUUUCAAUAUGAUAGUUUUCAUUCUGAAAGUAUAUUUAUGUCCCUGGGGAACUGUCACAUUUGUUUGUUUAAAAAAAGAUAUUUUCAAAUAAACAGGUACAAAAGCGUUA